GGCCGCCCCGCCGCCGCCGUCGCCGCCACUCCAGGGAGAUCGUCGUCGUGAAACAGAGAUAGGAUGGGGAGAGUGAACCCCAGGGAAUCUCACUAUUGAACACCAUUUGUGCAUGGAGCCACAGCUCGAGAGCUGUCUGAGCUAAGGAUUCCCAUAUGGACUUGGCCAGCCAAGAAUGCACUUGAACUGAGGACUGCCUGGAAAAGGAGAGUAGAGCAGAACAACCUGUCUUCAGAAAGAGAGAAGCCUACACUGUUUCUCAAACUCCUAGGACUGGGAAUGGCCACAUGGAACAGGCCGAGCCAGAGGCAGCCCCUGGUGGCUGGACCGUCUGUAGAGCCGGAAGCACAGCUGCCUGUGGGCCGGGAGCUGACGGAGGCCAGCCGCUUUGCCUAUGCGGCCCUCAGUUCCAUCUCCCUGUCCCAGCUGUUUCCAGAAACAGAGCACAGCUCCUUUUGCUCCGAGUUUGUAGCAGGCCUGGUGAAGUGGCUGGAGUUGUCCGAAGCCGUCCUGCCAACCAUGACUGCUUUUGCCAGCGGCCUAGGAGGCGAAGGAGCAGACAUGUUUGCUGAGACUUUGUCAAAGGACCCAGCCUUGAAGGGUGACCCAUCCAUGAUCACACAGGACCUACUGAGCUUCUCACUCCAGGAUGGGCGCUACGAUGCCCGAGCCAGAGUCCUCGUUUGCCAUGUAACUACUCUGCUUCACGUUCCCCUGGAGGACCUGGAUGUCCUUGAAGAGACGUUCCUCGAGAGCCUGAAGGAAGCCAGAGAAGAGGAAUCUGAAACGGCUGAGGCAUCCCGGAAGAAGAAAGAAAACCGGAGGAAAUGGAAGCGCUAUCUCCUGAUAGGGCUGGCGACAGUCGGAGGGGGAACGGCGAUUGGUGUGACUGGAGGCCUGGCUGCCCCUCUGGUGGCUGCAGGAGCUGCGACAAUCAUUGGCAGUGCUGGGGCAGCAGCGCUGGGCUCUGUGGCUGGUAUAGCUGUCAUGACCUCACUGUUCGGUGCAGCUGGAGCUGGCCUGACAGGAUACAAGAUGAAGAAGCGUGUCGGAGCCAUUGAAGAGUUCACAUUCCUGCCCCUGACGGAGGGCAGGCAACUACACAUCACCAUCGCCAUCACUGGGUGGCUCGCUUCUGGAAAAUACCGCACCUUCAGCGCCCCAUGGGCCGCCCUGGCCCGCAGCCGUGAGCAGUACUGCCUGGCCUGGGAGGCCAAGUACCUGAUGGAGCUCGGCAAUGCUCUGGAGACCAUUCUCAGUGGCCUUGCCAAUAUGGUGGCCCAGGAGGCCCUCAAGUAUACUGUGCUGUCAGGUCUUGUGGCAGCCCUCACCUGGCCAGCCUCCCUCCUCAGUGUGGCCAAUGUCAUUGACAACCCCUGGGGCGUGUGUCUCCAUCGGUCAGCAGAGGUUGGCAAGCACCUGGCACAUAUCCUGCUCUCCCGGCAGCAGGGUCGACGGCCUGUCACCCUGAUUGGCUUUAGCCUGGGAGCCAGGGUCAUCUACUUCUGUCUGCAAGAGAUGGCACAGGAGAAAGAUUGCCAAGGCAUCAUUGAAGAUGUGGUCCUGCUGGGGGCACCCGUAGAAGGAGACCCCAAGCACUGGGAGCCUUUCCGGAAGGUGGUGUCUGGGCGGAUCAUCAAUGGCUACUGCAGGGGAGACUGGCUGCUGAGCUUCGUGUACCGUACAUCUUCUGUGCAGCUCCACGUGGCAGGCCUCCAGCCCGUGCUACUGCAGGACCGGAGGAUGGAGAACGUGGAUCUGUCCUCUGUGGUCAGCGGCCACCUGGACUAUGCCAAGAAGAUGGACGUCAUCCUGAAGGCUGUGGGCAUCCGCACCAAGCCAGGUUGGGAUGAGAAAGGGCUUCUGCUGGCUCCCGGAAGCCUCCUUCAAGAAGACCCCAGUCAGGCAGCAGCAGGUCCCUCUGAAGUGGCCAUGUCCACCCACUCCAGCCAAUCCCAGAAGUCCACGGAGCUGGGCCAGCCUGAAGGGGACCCCCUUCCUGCAGCUGCUGCUGGCCCAGCUGAGAACUCCUAUAUCUGCAGUCAUGGUGUGAGCCCCAACCCUCUGGGCUGCCCUGACUGUGCCCAUGAGACCCCGGGACCCUGCCCAGGGCUGGACUGACCCCAGUGAGGGAGCUGCGUGUCUCCUCCAGAUGUCCUUAUGCAGAUCGUGCUCGCCCCUCAGCAGGUGGAGGGUUUCCACAAGUGCCUUUCCCCAGGAGAGGGAAUCAGAGGUGAAAAGGAACUGGAAGGAAGAGAAAUGGAGGAAAACACUGGCCUCUCUGGGAAGUGAGGGCAGAGACCUUCAAGGUCUCCGUUUGAGCCCUGGGACUGCAAUCCAGCCCUGGACUUCCUGCACUUGAAGUCCCAGUGGUGGGGCCUGGCUGUUCAUCAAGAGCUCUGGGAGUCUCUCUUGAAUCUAGAGGCACCCAUGCCACACCUCCUUUCCCUGGGUUCUGUGAAGCCAGGGGUCCGCCUUCACUUCCAUCCACACUCCAGCACUGCCUGCCAGCCUCAGGCCCCACCAACGGGCACCUACAGAGCAGACCCAGGAGCCAAGGGACAGCAUCUUCUGCUCUUAGAAGAGUGAGUUGGCUUGGUCAUGUUCUGCUAUGCAGGCUGUGCACUGCGCAAGGACAGAAGCAGCAGUUCUGCAGACAUGAUACGAACAGCACUAUGCUAAGCUGUGCAGCAGCGUGGUAGGCCUUGGCGUAAUCGUAAUAAAUGCUGAGCUGGUCAGUGUUCCCUACAGUGGGAACUGGGCCUGGUAGUAA